UGGCACAGCCAUCUCUGUAAUGAACAAGUCAGGAUCAGGAAGCAUCUAACCUCCAACCAUCUCGAAUAAAGGGUGAUUGAUGAAGCAAAUAUUCCACAGAUGGUUUCUGGAGGAACACAAGGACAUGAUGUCCCGAAAAUCUUUGUAAGGGAGUCUUAAUCAAGGGAUCAACUAUAUCUACUUCGAGAAAGGGGCAGAUUCAGUCGUUUCAUCUCCGAUUCGAAGAGUAAUUAGGCAGAUCUAGAAUUAGUAGUAGUAUGAUUAUUAUCCUCACAAAGAGGCUCCAGUGGAUCGGCGGAUGGAAAAAGAAGGGAGAAAAAACCUGUCCAAUUAUUACCAAAUUUUACAACCAGAGGAAAACGAAAACAUAAAAUUUUUCUCUUCCUUUUCUCCCUCACCUUCUUCUCUUCUCGACUCCUCAACUCCUCUUCAUUCGAAGUCCUGCCGGUUGAUACGCAUUCCUCCCUUUGUCCACACGAGCUUUGAACCUUUUCCCGUUCAUUGUUCCUGGCGCCUUUCCUGCCAGCCUCGAUCCUCCUCCCCUCUCCCUCUCCCUCUCUCUCUUCCCCUUCCUCCCCUCGACUUCUUUUCUUCUCCAAUCAUAGGACUAUGCAAUAGUUUUCUAGUUUUCGUCGACUUUUUGGUUUCCCCCUUUCUUUCUUUCUUUCUUUCUUUCUUUCUUUCUUUCUUUCCCCGCCUCUAAUCAUCAGCCUUUAAUCAAUGACCCUGCCUGAGGCGUACAUUCAUCGGCUCAUUGAUUCCUCCUACCGAACCGCCCCUCGAAACAUUCCUAACGACUUCCG